ACUCUCAGCACCACGCAACAUUUGGUGUUUUCAUCCAUCUCACACUAGCUAGGGCUAGUAGAGCUUGCCGCCGCCUGAGGUGGAGGGAAGAGAGAUGAUUCCCGCCGCCGCGCUACCACCAGGUGAGGACGAGAAAGAGAUCGCCCUGCUGCUCAAGGAUGCCCUGGAGCUAUUGGACGAGAAUGAAGAGAUGGCGGGGCGCGCCACUCCCAUUGAGGCACAUGGCAUGUUCAAGUCUGCAUUGGAGAAGAUGAAGCCCCUCCCGAAGAGGAUCGAUGAGAUCCUCAAGGCCGGUGGCCCUGGCUGGCACGCCACCAGGCCCACCACUAAAUUCGAACGGCGUUUCCUGGCCAUCAUCCAGAAGGAGAUAGACACCUUUGUCAAAUCCUUGACAUCGUCCCUGCCACAACGGGAGUAUCAUCAGUUUCACUGUCUGCGAGCCUUGAAUAGCCUGGCCGGGGACAUCGAUAACUUCCUCGGUCAGUACAAGCAAGGUGACCCCCUACCUCGCGUGCUGCUUCGGAGCGCUGCGCGGUGCUGCUGCAGGGCUAAGCUGCCAAGGUUUGCGCCGGAGCAACUCAUAUCUACGCCGCGAAGGUUUGCGCCGGAGGAACUCAUAUCUAAGCCGCGAAGGUUUGCGCUGGAGAUACUCAGAUCUAUGAUGAUAGAGCUCUACCACGCCGCAGAAGAUCCCUGCCGGCAUACCACACAGCUCGGGAUUUCUGGCUCCUCCAGCAUAGCCGAGAAACCCCACGACGCCACCAAGGCAGGGGACAAGCUGCUUGUGGGCAUCGAGCGCCCGGUCAGGAAGCUGCUGAGAUGGCUAACGACCAGCAGGGACCAGAGCCUAGGAAUCAUGUCCAUAGUUGGACCGGCCGGAGUGGGUAAGACCACUCUUGCAAUGGAGGUUGGCCACCGACUUGGUGGUUACCAAACUAAAGGGCACUACAGUUUCGAGAAGCGCACCUCAGGGGAGGUGUCCAGGUCUGAAAUCGUGUCAUUCCUCUCCAGCAUUUACCGGCAGAUCACAAACGAUUCGACAACAAUGCCAAAGGAAAGUAUGGAAGUAGAGCCUCUAGCUCUCUUGAUCCGGAAACACCUGCAAAAUAAGAGGUACUUCAUUUUGAUUGAUGAUAUAUGGCAUGCUUCAGUUUGGAAUGCAAUCAAGCAUGUGUUUCCGAAUAGUGACAACCGUGGUCGUAUAUUGGUUACAACACGCGUCGGAAGUGUUGGCCGAAGUUGUUGCUGCAAUCCCAAUAGUCUCGUGUACGAGAUGAAGCCUUUGAAUGAGUCAGAUUCAAGAGAGCUGCUUAUCACAAGAGGUAUUAUUGGUUCUUCAGUGGAACUUGCUAACCCGUCGGACAACCUGUCGCGGAUACUUGGGCUGAUCCUGAGGAGCUGCGAAGGUAUACCCCUAUUCAUAACUGGUUACGCUGACUGGUUGCAAGGAAUGCCACACAUAGAUUAUUUCUUUGAGGAAGACCUCAAGCAACUGGAAUUGGUGUGGCUAUCCCGUACUUACAUGGAUCUUCCUGCUGAGCUUAAGCUAUUGUUACAGUACAUGGUCAUGCUUCCACGGGGACACAUGUUCGAGAAGGAUUGGCUUGUCAUGAAAUGGAUGAACGAAGGGCUCACCCACACGCCGUACCCGGGGGACAUAAUAAGGGGUGAGUUCAUGAUGCUACAAAUGUGGUUCAGAAGAAAGAGAGAAGCAGAGGUGUAUUUCUCCGAGCUGGUGGAUAGGAACAUCAUUACCCGGGCUGCACCAAACUGGCAGCACAAUCUUGAUGAAGCUGAGCCCUGCCAGUGGAAGGUCAACCACUGCAUGCUGCAAUUCCUUGCCUCCAUAUCAUCUAGGACGCAUUUUGUUGUCACUGGAGCCGUUCUUGGUGGAUCCUUAUGGGGCGCUGAGGAGGAUGCGCCACUCCUUGAUUUCGAUAUCGCACGAAGGGACUACAGUACAAAUGCCGAGCGGGGCAUCGAAUUUAUUAUGCCUGAUGUGCGGUGCAUCGGAUUAAGUUUUGAAAACGAGUUAAUACGUAGUAGAGGGGAUGAAGUAGAGACCGAAGAAAUGGCUAAGAAGAAACAGGAGGAAAUCGCUCAGAAAAAACGAGGCACUAAAGACAUGGUCAUCACUAGACCACCACUGAUAGCGUACCCUGCUCCUGAGAAUUGGAUCCCACGGCGGCUAGCUCUCCACGGCCGUGUGACAACGGAUGCGCUGCGGAGAUAUGAUUGGUCUACAAUUCGGUCUCUAGCUGUGUCGGGUGAACAGCAAAUAAACCUUCUUGAUUGCUUCACCUAUUUGGUGGUGUUGGAUCUGGAACAAUGGGAUGAUCUCAAGGAUGAGGACAUAUUGCAGAUAUGUAAUAGUAAGAUGUAUGCAUUGAGGCAUCUAAGCAUCAGAAACACUCAGGUUAGCAAGCUCCCACCGCAAAUCAAGGAGCUUUACAGCUUAAUGACAUUGGAUGUCAGUCACAUACAUAUAAAUGAGCUCCCGUCAGAAGUGUUUCAGCUACAAUUUCUCAUCAAACUGGACCUAACAAGCACAAAGAUAGGGAAGGUACCAAAGCUCAUUGCGGGGCUACAAAAUUUACAAUACCUUCUCAUUGGUGGUGACGGAAUAGCAGCAAUGCUAACUGCGGGGAUCCGGCUUCCUGACAAGAUAGUGAAGCUAGCAACUGUCAAUUUAAGCGAUUGUUCUAUGGGCUUUGUCAAGGCUCUGUGGACUAUGCGUUUCUUGAGUGUGCUUGCAAUAACAUGUUCCUCUUACCAGUGCACUGACAAAGUCUACCAGGAAGCUUUGCUGUCAUUGAUAGAGACACUGUGGCUGCUUAAGUCUUUGACUAUACAUUGCCAACUCGGUUGUUCCAUGGAAUUUUUGGAUUUAAUAACUGAUCCACCGAAGAAGCUUGAAAAACUUAAGGUGGAAACCGGUAGAUUUGUCAGUGUUCCCCAGUGGAUCGAUGGGCUCCAGCAACUGGCUUUCCUGCAAAUCACAGUCUGCAAGCUAGAACCAGGUAAUCUGGAGAUCCUCUGGUGCUUGCCAAAAUUGAAAAGCCUUGUACUAGGAUUGGAGUUCAUUCCCAGAGAACAGAUAGCGUUUGAAUGUGAGGGCUUCCACGAGCUUAUGGAAUUUUCCGUGGACUGCCCAGUUCCAUGGCUGACUUUCAGACAUGGAGCUAUGCCAAAGCUCACCUAUCUUCAACUGAAGUUUUGCUCCGGCCCAGGCAGGGGAUAUAAUGUUCCGUCUGGUAUAUGCAACCUCCGAAUGAUCACUGAGGUAGUCCUCUGUUACAACGAAAAAUGGUGCGCCAACAGCUCUAGCGUCAAGAGGACUGUUGAAGCGGUAAAAAAGGAGGUCGCCAAGCAUCAUAACCCGAUCAACCUCGUCAUCAAUGGAACCAGACAUGAUGUUCCAGAAUUUAAUGAGUUGGAGAUGCCAAGUGACUAAAGUCUGAGGUGAAGCCCAAGAUCAAGCCCGGCUGCCCUACAAGCUGGGGAUGGAUGGUGGUUUCUGUCCGCCUCUCUUCCUUAGAAACAAGCUGCAGGUUUGCAACCGAUCUUCCGAGGUGGUAUAUCGUUUGCUUCCACCGGGGCGACCUUCCGCGUUGCUCGCGCGGGACCUUCUGUGCCUGAUGUUUGUGUUUUGAUUAUGUACCAUGUUUCCGUUUGGUGAUGCUGUGUUGCUCUGUUUGUUGCUCUUUCAGACUUGCGGUAAUGUCUGUGCAGUGUCUGGGCAUAUAUGAUUGGUGGUGUAUGAGACAUUCAGACUACAAGUACGCUACUGUACCGUGUGAUCUGUAUAAAUCUGUCAUAUAUUGAGUGGCAUCUGUGCUUGCGUCUACUGAUCUGAAGAUGCUGUCCCCAGAUGCGAAUGGUCUGGUCAUAUUCAAUCAUGUUUAUUCGAUCGGUCGAUCCUUGAAGGCUACAAAAACAGCUGCUGCUACCAAGUGUCAUAUAUCCUUGAAGUCUUGGUGAAACUAGAGAAAUGGCAACUACGAUGGCAUCUAGACUUCAUCUACGAUGACAUGGAUGCUGCCCCUACCAAGUGUGCAAAAUUUUGGUCGAAAUUUAUUGUUAGCCUGAAAAAUAAUACUACUGAUUGGGAUAUCAUUUUUGUUUGUAUGUAAUGUACCAAU